ACGCCCCACCCCCCCCCCCACUGCGGAGGGGCCCCGGCGUCCCGGCCGCCGCCGCCAUGGCCGCCGUGUGGCAGCAGGUGCUCGCCGUGGAUGCCAGGUACGCGGCGUACCGGACGCCGAGCUGGCCGCAGUUCCGCACGCAGUACAUGCGGCGCCGCAGCCAGCUGCUGCGGGAGCACGCCAAGGGCGGCCUGGAGGCGGGCGCCCGCCGCUGGUACCUGCGGGUGCGGGCCCGGCUCCUGGCGCAGCGCUACGGGCCCCUCUCCGAGCAGAGCAGCUGCCGCGCCUACAGCAACAGCCUCCUCCGCGGCAGCCGCACCACCCUCGACCGCAUGGAGGACUUCGAGGAGGAGGCGCGGGCGGCCCGGGGGGGGCCCAGGCGCUCGCUGAGCCGCGGCCCCCCCCCCGCCCCCCCCCGCGGCCCCCCCGACCAGCGGGCGCCGGGGGUGGUGCCGACGCCGCUGGCAGAGGCGAGCCGCGCCAUGGCGGGCGACACGACGCUGAGCGAGAACUACGCCUUCGCCGGCGUCUUCCACGUCUUCGACCAGCACACCGACAGCGCCGUGCCGCGGGUGCAGUUCGCGCACGACGAGCGGCACUUGCUGGCCUGCUGCUCGCUGGACGGCACCAUCUCGGUGUGUCGGCUGGCGCCGGGGCCCCCGGCGGUGCUGCGGCUGCUGCGGGGCCACGGCGGCGGCGUCGCCGACCUGGCCUGGUCGCUGGCCAACGACCUGCUGCUCUCGGCCUCGCACGACGGCACGCUGCGGCUGUGGGCGCCCGCCGAGGGCCGCUGCCUGCGCCGCCUCGCCGACCCCGACGGCGCCGCCCUGCUCUGCUGCGCCUUCCAGCCCCUCAACAACAACCUCACCGUGGCGGGCAGCGCCCGGGGCGUGCUGCGCGUGGUGAACAUCUCCACGGGGAAGGCGGCGCGGGGCGGCGCGGGGCGGCUGCCGGGCCGCGUCCUGGCCCUCUGCUUCGACGCCGCCGGCCGGGUGCUCUGGGCCGGCGACGACCGCGGCUCCGUCUCCUCCUUCCUCUGCGACCCCGGCACCGGGCGGCUGACGAAGGGGUCGCGCGUGGUGGUGCAGGAGGGCGGCGCCAUCACCAGCCUCUCGGCCCGGGCCUGGGCCAGCCGCGAGGCCCCCGACCCCUCGCUGCUCGUCAACGCCUGCCCCGACCGCCUGCUGCUCUUCCGGGUGGUGGAGGAGGGCUCGGGGGGGGACGCUAUGGGUCCCGCUAUGGGUCUGACCCCCAUGUUCCCCCCCCCCAUAUCGCGCAGGGUGGUGGAGGAGGGCUCGGGGGGGGAUGCUAUGGGUCCCGCUAUGGGUCUGACCCCCAUGUUCCCCCCCAUAUCGCGCAGGGUGGUGGAGGAGGGCUCGGGGGGGGACGCUAUGGGUCCCGCUAUGGGUCUGACCCCCAUGUUCCCCCCCCCAUAUCGCGCAGGGUGGUGGAGGAGGGCUCGGGGGGGGACGCUAUGGGUCCCGCUAUGGGUCUGACCCCCAUGUUCCCCCCCCCAUAUCGCGCAGGGUGGUGGAGGAGGGCUCGGGGGGGGACGCUAUGGGUCCCGCUAUGGGUCUGACCCCCAUGUUCCCCCCCCCAUAUCGCGCAGGGUGGUGGAGGAGGGCUCGGGGGGGACGCUAUGGGUCCCGCUAUGGGUCUGACCCCCAUGUU